AUGCAGGGUGAACGUGAGAGAAGCAGGUCUGGGGACUUCCAGCCCCAUGCUGCUUUUGUGCAGCGCAGGAACACUGUUGGGCAGUUUGGGGGCCCCCCGAGGCACAACAUCGACCGCACAACGAGUGUCGGCAACCUGUCAAGGAGCGUCUCCUUUGGCAGGCCCAGACGUACAGACCACAGUGACGGCAAUGGCCAGUACAAUGUCCAGCAAGGGGCCCCCUGGACCAGGCAUGGAGGCAAUGGCCUGGGCCGGACAAGGAGCACUGGCUCAGUGCUCCCGGCCCUCGAGAGGCGGCGGAGCUUCGGCGGGUCGUCUCCAAUGCCACAGGACGUGAAGGGCCUGAUACAAAGGAUGAGGUCGGGGUCGCCGUCGCAGAAGUUGGAAGCCGUGGAGGCGCUGGGCAACCUGGCGCCGACCAACAAGGUGACGAUCGCACAGGAGGGUGGCAUCGCGGCUCUGAUAGAGAUGAUCAAGAACGGCGAUGAGAUGCAGAAGCAGGAGGCAUCCAGGGUGCUGUCCCACUUGGCACACAACAGGAACAAUCAAGUGGCAAUAGCGAACGAUGGGGGAAUCAACCCGCUACUGCAGCUGUUGGUCAGCAGCAACAAGGUGUGCAAGAGCAAUGCGACGUCGGCCCUGGCAUACCUGUCCUACAACACCACCAACCAGGAAGCCAUCGUGAAUGGAGGUGGUAUCGGUCGCCUCAUCAGGCUCCUGGCUUCGGACAACAAGGUCUGCAAGCGGCACGCGGCGCUGGUGUUGGCCAACCUGGCGGGCAACGAUCGGGCCAAGGUGGUGAUCUCGAAGGAGGGGGGGGUGCCGUCGCUGGUGGAGCUGCUGGGCGCAGCAGACGAUGGGUGCAGGGAACAUGCAGCCAGGGCGGUUGCCAACCUAGCCUACAACAACGACAACACUGCGGCGAUAGCACAGGAGGGGGGCAUCGGAGGGCUGGUCCAGCUACUCAUCAAUGGGAACGAUGCUUGCAAGCAGCAGGCGGCAAGGGCAUUGGCGCAGCUGGCUCACAACAGGAACAACCAGCUGGCAAUUGUCGAGGAGGGUGGGAUUCCACCGCUUCUGGACUUGCUCGCCAGCAGCAAGACUUGCAAAGCGAACGCAGCACUGGCGCUGGCGUACCUCUCCUACAACCCUGCAAACAAGGUGGCCAUCAUGCAGGGCGGUGGCAUGCCGAAGCUCAUUCGUCUGCUUGCGGCUGACGACAAGGCGUGCAAGAGGAACGCGGCGCUGGUGCUGGCGAAUCUGGCAGGGAUGGAAAGGAGCAAGAUUGUGAUCGCAAGGGAGGGCGGCAUACCGCCUUUGGUGGAGCUGUUGAGCACCAACGACGAGGCGUGCAGGGGCCACGCUGCCAGGGCUCUGGCUUAUCUUGCGUACAACGAUGACAACAACCUUGUGAUAUCCAAGGAGGGUGGCAUACCCACACUGGUGGAGCUGCUGACCAACGGCAACGCCACCUGCAAGGCGCACGCUGCCCUGGCGAUGGCCAACCUUGCUCGGAACAUGGACAGCAAGGCAGCGAUUGCCAAAGAGGGGGGCGUGAGGCCUCUGAUCGAGAUGCUCAAGAAUGGGAACGACGCCUGCAAGGGGUACGCGACAAGGGCUCUGGCAAGGCUGGCGUCCAACCCUGAGAACCACCCUGUGAUUGCACAAGAGGGUGGGGUGCCCCUCAUCAUCCAGCUCCUGAAUUCUGCCCACAAUGUGUGCAGGGAGCAGGCAGCCUUUGCCCUGGCGAACCUGGCGCGCAGCAGCGAUGAGAACAUUCUGGCGGGCAUGCGCCCUGCUGUGAAAGAGCUUAUGGAGCUCGUCAAGAGCGCCAAGGAAGUGUACAAGGAGCAGAUCGUUCGAACAUUGGCUAACCUUGGCAGGCACGAGGAGAGCCGAAACGCAAUUAUGAUGGAGGGGGCCAUACCACUGUUCAUUGAGUUGCUGGACUCAAGCAGUGCAGUGUGCAAGGAGCAGGCAUCUUAUGCCUUGGCCAAUCUGUCCAUGGACGAUGAGGUGGCAGCGGUGAUGGUAAAAGACGGAGCCCUGAAGCCGUUGGUUGAGCUUCUGAAGACUGGCAACAGGGCCUGCAUAGAGCAGGUGGUGCAUGCACUUGCGAAUUUUUCAAAGAAUGAGGAGUGCAGGAAGGUGGUAGUUGAGGAGGGGGGUGUUGCCCCGAUGGUUCAGCUGCUGAUAACUGGCAGCAAGGGGGCCAAGGCACAUGUUGCCAGGACGCUGAGCAUGAUUGCCAGCAGCGAUGGCCAGGGUGUGAUCAUAUCCCACGAUGGUGGGAUCCCAUCUUUGAUCGAUCUCCUGGCCAACGGCAAUGAAAUGUGUCAGGAGCAUGCUGCACUGGCGAUUGCUCGAAUGGCUGGGAACGACAAAGAAAAGACUGUCAUUAUAGAAAAGGGCGGCUUGAAGAAGCUGAUCGAGUUGGUCCGGGAUGGAGGGGACACUGCGAAGAAGAAUGGUGCCUUUGCCCUUGCUAACCUGGCAACAAGCAAGGUGGGACGCGAGGUGAUCGCCCAGGAGGGUGGCACCAAGGUCCUCGUGAAUCUGCUCAACUCGGACAACGACACGUUUUUGGAGGAAGUUACGCUCGCCGUGGCCAACCUGGCUUUCAACAAUGACAACCGUGUGUCCAUGGCUGGUGACGGGUGCAUUCACCUCUUGAUUGCACUGCUGGCGAGCAAGAACAAGUCUGCGGCGAAGUAUGCAGCGCAGGCACUGGCGAACUUGGCAUACAACGACGAGAUCAAUGAAAGGAUCACACGGGAGGGCGGGGUGGUCGAGCUCAUGAAGCUUUUGGACGUGGAGGAUGCCAGCACUGAGGAGGCUGCCCGCGCCCUGGCCAACUUGGCACGCAACGCAAGCAGCAAGGCCGUGAUCGUGGGCCACGGAGGCAUUGAAGCCCUCAUCAAGCUGCUGCCCAAUUCCAGUGUCAACUGCAAGCGGAAUGCUGCACUGGCCGUUGGCAACCUGGCCAGUGGGGUGCCAGCCAAUCAGGCAACCAUCGCCAGCCUGAGCGGCAUCGACCACCUCAUCCCCCUGCUCAGCGAAGGCAACGAGGCGAGCAAGAAGAAUGCAGCACUUGCCUUGGCACACCUGGCAUGUGACAACCCGGAGAACCAGCAGCUCAUUGCCGCGAAGGUCGGCAUCCCGCCGUUGGUAGAGCUGCUCAAGUGUGGACGCAAGGCUGUGGAGGAGCAGGCUGCUUUGGCGAUGGCCAAUUUGGCUGCAAGCGAGGACAACAAGGUGAUCAUAACCCAGGAGGGAGGCACGUCCGCACUUGUCAAGCUCCUGACAGUCGGCAACAAGGCGUGCGUGGAGCAUGCUGUCCACGCGCUGUCACUGCUGGCUCGGCACAAUGACAACAAGGUGGCCAUCGCACACGCUGGGGGCAUGGCCCCCUUGGUGACGCUGCUGAAGAGUGAGAACGAGGCAUGCAGGGAGUACGCCACUGAGACGCUGGCGCACCUGUCCACCAACAGCCAGAACAAGCUGGCGAUGGCACAGGCGGGGGGGAUCAACCCGCUGGUGACCGCUGUGAGCUCUGGAAAGGAGGCACUGGUGGAGCACGCCACCAAGGCGCUCGCCAACAUUGCCUGCAACAAGGAGAACAAGAUGGCCAUAGUGCAGGCUGGCGGUGUGCCUCAGCUGGUCAGCAUGCUGUCAGUGGGCGACGAGACGAGCAAGAAGGGGGCGACGUCCACCCUGGCCCGCCUGGCUUCCUGCAACGAGAUCAACAUCGUGGAGGCGGCGGGCCCUGGUAACACCAGCAUUCCUCCAUUGGUGAGCAUGCUCGGGACAGAGAGCGAUGAAUGCAGGAAGAAUGUGGUUCACAUACUGGGCUCUCUGGCCAACAAUGACGACAACAGGAAGGCCCUCAUCAAGGAUGGUGGCGUGAAGGCGAUUGUCGAACUGCUGGAGAGCGGCUCGGAGGCGUGCAAGGAGGCUGCAGUCGCAGCGCUGGCCCACCUCGCGUUCAACGACGACAUCAAGGUUGCCCUUGUGGCUGAGGGUGGGCUGCCGGCCCUCAUCAAGCUCUUGGAUUGUGGCAACCAAGAAUGCGAGAGAUACGCAGCUCUCGCGCUGGCCAACCUGGCUUACAAGGCAGACAUGAAACUGGCGAUCUCUGAGGCGGGGGGCAUCCCUGCCUUAGUGAAAUUGGUCAACAAUGGGAACAGGGACAGCAGGAAGAAUGCAGCGCUGGCCCUUGCCAACCUGGCCUACAAUGACGACAUAAAGGUCACCAUCGCCGAAGCGGGUGGCAUCCGCGCCUUGGUGCAGCUGCUGCAGGUCACCAGCUUGGAGUGCAGGAGCAACGCGGCGCUGGCGCUGGCGAACCUGGCAUACAACGACGCCAACAAGGUGGUGAUUGCACAGGAGAGCGGAAUCAAGUCCCUGAUCCAGCUGCUGAACACGGGCAACAUGGUGUGCAAGCAGAACGCGGCGCUGGCCCUGGCGAACCUGGCAUUCAACAACGACAACAUGUUCACCAUCGUGCAAGAGGGGGCCAUCAGGCCGCUGGUGCAGCUGCUGGCGACGGGGAACUUGUGGUGCAAGAAGAAUGCUGGCCUGGCACUUGCCAACCUGGCAUAUGGGGCAACGCACACCAUGGCCAUCGCAAAAGAGGGUGCCAUCCCAGCCUUGGUGCAGCUGCUGACGAAAUCAAACGACGUCUGCAAGCAGAAUGCCAUAUCUGCUCUGGCCAAUCUAGCUUACGAUGAGCGAAACCAGUCGGCUAUCGUGGGCGAGGGCGCCAUUCCCCCACUGCUGCAGCUUCUGACAGCAGGCAAUGACUACUGCAAGCGUGGUGCAGCACUGGCUCUAGCAAAUCUUUCGUACAACGAUGGCAACAUUGUUGCAGUUGUGGAGGAUGCUGGCGGACCUCCGGUGGUGAAGGUGCUGCCUACGCCAAUUGAGUCAAGCCGCAAGGAUGGCCCAGGUGCUUCAGAAGCCUCUCCGCGCCCCUUGAUGCGCACCCGCAGUAUGGGCUACAAUCCGAACGUUGUGGACACGAUUGUGCACGAGGGCGGUGUGCGCCCCUUGGUGGAGAUGAUCCGCAACGGGAAGGAAGUGUACCAGAAGACUGCCACGUCCGCGCUUGCAAUAAUGGCGUGCCAGGACAAGAACAAGCCCCUAAUACUGAGGGAGGGUGCCAUAGAGCCGCUGAUCAAUUUGAUCACCACUGGCAACGAGGGCUGCAAGGAACAGGCCGCUUGGGCACUGGCAAACCUGUGCUGCAACAACACCGAAAAUCAGACAGAGGUCACAAAGCAGGGCGCCAUUCCCCCCCUGAUGGCACUGCUGAAUGCGGAGGACGACAAGGGCAAGGCCAAGGCCGCACUGGCCUUUGCAAAUCUCGUGGCAAACCAUCCUGGCAACAGGAUGGCGGUGGCAGACGCUGGCCUGGUGCCCGUGCUCAUUCAGCUGCUGACGGCGGAGCACGACUUGUGCAACCGGAACUCAUGCCUGGCCCUGGCGAACAUGGCCGAAGGGCUGCUGGUGGAUGUGAUCGUGCAGUCUGGAGCCGUGCCCUCGUGCGUGCAGCUGCUGAGCAGCCCUGAUGAGCCCUGCCGCGAGGCUGCGGCGGUGCUGCUGAGGAAGUUGGCACCCUCGAAAGAUGCCAGGUCGGACACAAUGAAGGCGGACGGGGUCAGGCACCUUGUCAGAGAGUGGAAGGCAGGCUUCAUGGACACAAGCCUUGCUGCCGAGAGGGCCCUUGAUGCCCUGGAUGCGGAGGGCGACGUUGAGCUGAAAAAACUCGUUGCAGAGGAAAGGGCAAAGGGCUACGACCCUCUCGAGGGGGCGGAAUGA